AUGGCCGCUCUGGGCCAGGUAAUCCCCGUACUGGCUGGCCCUUACGAGGCUGUCGAGAAGGUCAAACCCUGCACCACCGGGGUUAUCGCCAAAGCAAUCAUCGACUUCAGCGACCAGCCGCCCGCCAAGGCCUCGCAGCUCAAGAUCCUCGGCAAUACCUUCGUGCUCGGGAUGGUGGAGAGCAUCGCCGAGGGCCUUGUUGCUGCUGAAAAGUGCGGAUUGGGGACUGAUGCGCUCCGCCGGUUCUUUGAGGCCGUCUUCCCGGGGCCCUAUGUUGCCUAUUCAAACCGCAUGCGCUCUGAGCCUCUGUUCGCCGUCGACCUCGCCCGCAAAGACGCUCGGCACGCCCUUGACAUUGCCAACAACGCAGGUACGACUUUGAAAAGCAUCCAGCUUGCAGGCUCGUAUCUAGCAGAAGUCCAGGAGCACAUGGGCACCCGCGGCGACGUGGCUGGUAUCUAUGGUGCCGCGCGACAGGAGGCUGGCUUAAAGUUUGAGAAUUAG